AAGCACGGGAGUAAAGGACUGGUUCUCUCAUUAAAGGCGAGCUGAGAACAUUCCUGCAAAAUUAAAGAGAAAGGGACCCAAGUACUGUUUAGAUCAAAUGGGAAGAGAAAUGGAUAUCCAAGCUGAUGGUAUGUCUCUGGAGAGUAGACCUGGAAUUUUAAUGGUUGGAUCUUCUAACGUCGGGAAACGAAGUCUCCUUUCAAGAUUGCUCUCCAUUGAUUUCGAAGAUGCCUCUGACUCAUCAUCUGAAGCACUCUGUCAUGGAUGGACUAUUGAUACCAAAUAUUACAAAGCCGAUGUUUCCAUAUGGAUGGCUCAUCUUGAAGAUGGAUUUUCUAUCAAAGCACUGCCCGUCUCUAACAACUUGGCUGCCUUGGUGAUGGUUUUUGACAUGAAUGAUCUGUCAUCCUUCACCACCCUCCAGGAUUGGGUUUCUCAUACUGAUAUUCAACAGUUUGAAAUAUUGCUAUGCAUUGGAAACAAAGUUGAUUUAUUGCCGGGUCAUGCUGCCCAUAUCGAAUAUAGAAGAUAUCUGCAGAGACGAGGCGAAUCCAUUGGUGAUCCUCAUCCGGACUAUUUAGACUAUGGAAUUCUAGAAAGUGAAGGAAGUAGUUUGUUAGGGGACGAAGAACCAUCAUGCGAAAUCAGGAAAUCGUGUUUGGAGUGGUGCAGUGAACACAGUAUCGAAUACAUAGAAGCUUGUGCAUCCAUUGCUGCGUUUGACAAAUGCUUAUCAGUUGAUGGUGAUUCUCAAGGAGUAGAACGACUAUAUGGUGCUCUGUCUGCUCAUAUGUGGCCUGGGAUGGUUCUUAAAUCCGGCAAUAGGAUGAUAUCUCAACCCUAUGCACCUGAAAAGGAGGAAGAUUCAUCAGAAGACGAACCCGAUUACGAUAUUGAGUACGAAAUCUUAUCUGCGGGUUCAGCUGAUCCAUGGGAUGACACAGAAGAAGUAUGGGUUUCUUCUAAUGGUACAACUGCAACUGCUGAUCCAAGAUAUGAUGUAGGUUCCUCUUCUUCCUCAUCUGAGAUUGUUAUCGUCAAGAAACCAGAAGAGAAAGAGCAAAUGCCAAAUGAUUUAGUUAAAGAUCAACCCUCAACAUCUAGAUCUCCAGGUAUAGAUGUGUCUGAAGUAAAUGUGGAAGAGAAAGCAAGUGAACCAGACAAAGUUACUGAAGUAGAAGAGGAUGAUCAUUUGGGGUUCGAAGAUGUGGAGCAGUUGAUGAGUGAGAUUGGGAAUAUUCGUGGAAGCUUGAGAUUAAUGCCUGAUUUUCAGAGAAGGGAAAUGGCUGCAAAGCUGGCUAUGAAAAUGGCUGCCAUGUUUGGUGGCGACAGUAGUGGUGAUGAAGAGGUUGUUGUUUGAUCAUCUGUGACGGUGUAUAUCCAUACGGUGUAUAAACGAAUCUCAUAUGAAGACAGAUUUCAGACAACGCAAUCCAUACGGAUCUCAGGUAAUCUUGUAUUCUGGUUUAUGUAAUUCAUAUUAAAUAGAUGAGUUAAGUGAUACAGUUUGAGUUUACUUCUGCAGCCAGUAUGUGUUUUACUUCUAUCUGGUUGCACUGAUCUUGGUGGUGAGGUGUUAAGAGUGAGAAACAUGUAAAAGACUUCCGAGCCUAGUGGAAUUUUCGGACAUAUAAGUUUUACCUAAAAUAGAUUAUACUAAAUUUCGUCAA